AUGGCAGUAGGACCACGAAAAGCGAGUAUUCACCUGGAGACUUUAGCUGGAAAUGACAAUAAUAUCAUGAAAAUAGUGGAUAAAAGUUCAAGUGAAAAAUCUUGUAACGAAUUUAAAUAUCAAAACAAUAAGAAGCAGAC